GUCCUACAGUCCUACUGCAAGUUGGGUAUGUCCGUAUGUGCUCUCAGACUCAGCAUUCCCAUCUAAACCCUAGGCCUCAAACGAUAAGAAAAACCAUUCGAUAGCCAACUCCUUUCUUCUCGCGUUCGACGUCUAGAAUCAAAGUUAGUCGAAAGCCUCAAUUCAUUGCUGCUGAUCUGGUUGGAUCCAGUAAACGAUAAAGAGCUGGGCCUCGCUUCUUUCCUUUGAUUUGAUUGCAGAGGCCCCCAGCAACUGUCAAAAUGUCUCGGAAAGGGUUGAUGGAACAAGAUUUGAGCAAGCUUGAUGUGACUAAGCUACAUCCACUCUCUCCUGAAGUAAUUUCUCGUCAAGCUACAAUAAAUAUUGGCACCAUUGGCCAUGUGGCCCAUGGAAAGUCAACAGUUGUAAAAGCAAUAUCUGGUGUCCAGACUGUCCGUUUUAAAAAUGAGUUGGAGCGUAACAUUACAAUCAAGCUUGGAUAUGCUAAUGCUAAGAUAUAUAAGUGCGAAGAUGAAAGAUGCCCUCGACCUAUGUGCUACAAGGCCUAUGGAAGUGGAAAAGAAGAUAACCCUCUGUGUGAUGUACCAGGCUUUGAAAAUGCACGGAUGAAAUUAUUGAGACAUGUUUCAUUUGUAGACUGCCCGGGUCAUGAUAUUCUUAUGGCUACAAUGCUUAAUGGAGCAGCAAUUAUGGAUGGGGCAUUACUUUUGAUAGCUGCCAAUGAAAGCUGUCCCCAACCUCAGACUUCUGAGCAUUUGGCUGCUGUUGAAAUUAUGCGCCUCCAACAUAUAAUUAUUCUUCAAAAUAAAGUUGAUCUCAUCCAAGAAAAUGUAGCCAUCAAUCAACAUGAAGCCAUCCAGAAGUUUAUUCAGAAAACAGUUGCUGAUGGUGCACCAGUCAUUCCAAUUUCUGCUCAGUUAAAAUACAACAUUGACGUUGUUUGUGAGUACAUUGUGAAAAAGAUUCCCAUCCCAGAAAGGAACUUUAUUUCGCCACCAAACAUGAUAGUAAUUCGAUCAUUCGAUGUCAAUAAGCCUGGAUCUGAGGUUGAUGAGAUUAAGGGUGGAGUUGCUGGUGGAAGCAUUCUCCGGGGUGUUCUAAAGGUGAACCAAUUCAUUGAGGUCCGGCCUGGAAUUGUUGUAAAAGACGAGAAUGGAAACAUAAAGUGCACUCCGAUAUAUUCAAGAAUAGUUUCAUUAUAUGCUGAACAAAAUGAGUUGCAGUUUGCGGUGCCCGGAGGACUUAUUGGGGUUGGUACCACGAUGGACCCUACUUUGACACGUGCUGAUAGGCUGGUGGGUCAGGUUCUUGGGGAGGUUGGGUCACUCCCAGAAGUUUUUGUUGAACUUGAGGUAAACUUUUUCCUGCUUCGCCGUCUUCUAGGUGUUAGAACGAAGGGAACGGAAAGACAGGGAAAAGUGUCAAAGCUGGCAAAGGGAGAGAUUCUGAUGUUGAAUAUAGGGUCCAUGUCAACAGGAGCCCGUGUAAUUGCUGUGAAGAAUGACUUGGCUAAGCUACAACUCACCUCUCCAGUGUGCACCAGCAAAGGGGAGAAGGUGGCACUCAGCCGCCGAGUAGAGAAACACUGGCGGCUCAUUGGGUGGGGCCAAAUUCAAGCGGGAACCACCCUUGAUGUUCCACCAUCUCCCAUCUGAGUUAACCUUGUUAACACAAAGUAGAGGAACAACCAAGAAGCAAAUCAAAACUCGGGAAGAUGUGGGAGGGGAGAGAGCUGCUAGGAACAGUUUUUGUUAGAUGGAGAAGGAAACGGUACUGGUUCUUAUUUAUUUUCAUUUGUUGCUGUCAUUUUUCUAACCCUUAAUUUCGUUGACAAAAACAAGCAAAGUUUUAUAGUGGUUUGCUCCAAGAUAUGAAAAUUCAUUUUACUUAUUGUGCAAAA